ACCGGCGAGUUGUCAGUCCAUCGUGAAGAAGCAGUACCUGGGACUCCCCGUGUUUUAUUCUCCGAUAGCACUUCCCAAAUCCAUCAUGGUACGGCCAGUCGAAGACUUUGCGGCCAGGCCAUAUCAAAUCGAUCUGUAUGAGAGAGCCGUCCAGUACAACAGUAUCAUAUACCUGCCAACAGGGGCGGGAAAGACAUACAUUGCUGUCAUGGUCAUAAAAAAAUUAAGCGGCGAUGUGAUCAAGUCUUACAGAGAUGGAGGUAAAAGAACAAUUUUUGCAGUUAAUACUAUUGCUUUGGCCGAUCAGCAACUAAGAUACUUACAAAGACAUACCCACUUAAAUUGUAGCAGUUACACAGGUGAAAUGCAGGUUGAUUUUUGGACCAGAGAUAAAUGGUUACAAGAAUUGGAGGAUUAUCAGGUCCUCGUUAUGACUUCUCAAAUAUUCCUUGAUAUAUUGAAUCAUGGCUAUAUAUCAUUGAGCCAAUUAAAUCUGAUGAUUUUCGAUGAGUGUCACAGAGCUGUGAAUGACCAUCCGAUGCGUUUGAUAAUGCAACGUUUUCAGGAUUGCCCAAAGGAUGAACAACCAAGAGUCUUGGGCCUAACGGCGACUCUUCUGAAUGGCAAUAUCAAAGUCACAAAGCUUGACGAGGCAAUAACUGAUUUGGAAACUACGUUUCAUGGAAAAAUUAUCGCUGUUGAAUCAUUGGUUGGCGUUAAAGGCUAUGCUACAAAUCCUGUAGAAUCUAUAGUCAAGUUCAGUCCACCGUUAAGGCUGAUGGCACUAGAAUCGACAAUGGCACUACUAAUACAAGCAAGGGAGAUCCUAAAAGUAGUAGAAAUAAAUAGUGAUUUUGAGAUGGUUAAUAAAAGUGACAAUGUUUUCAAACCUACGAGCAAAUCGAAUAAAUUUCAAAAUGUUUUGAGUGAUCUUGAAGAACACUUAAAAUUGAUGGGUAUAUAUGGCGGAAGCAAAGCAGCACUCUUACAUACCAUACAACUUGAAUACAUUAAAAAAUCUAUUAAUAAUCAGCAAACUGUUUUAGUAAUUGAUUACCUGAUAACAGUUUUGACCAGUGUAAGGAAAAUACUUGAGGAUGAAAUGGAUGGUUACGAAUCAAAUGAGCAGAUAAUGAAAUUUUCAUCUGAUCAAGUUCUGAAACUGUUCAAAGUUUUCCUAGAUUUCAAUAGGCAGAAAUUGGAUUCGCAAAGAUUUUGUUGCCUUGUUUUUGUCCAACGACGAUUCUCAGCCAAAGUGUUGUACCAUGUACUGAAGAGAUUGCACAAUACAAAUGAGGAUUAUAAAUUUUUACUUGCCGAAUUUAUGGUCGGGUUUUCAACUAAUCCUUACAACAGCGCCAGAGAAUCUCUCUGUCAGAGGAAAUGGAAUAAAGAGGUUUUACACAAAUUUAAAAAUGGUCAAGCGAACUGCAUCAUAGCGACAGACGUUAUAGAGGAAGGAGUCGAUGUUCCAGACUGUACUUUGGUUGUUCGAUACAAUUUGCCAAUGGACAUUAGAUCGUAUAUCCAAAGUAAAGGGCGAGCACGUCAUGCAACGAGUAAAUAUGUGAUGUUAGUUCCCAGCAAUGAUGGUCAAUUUGGACCAAAAUAUGCAAACUUCAAAUUAAUUGAACAGAAGUUGGAACAGUUUCUAGUUGGUAAAUCGCAAUUCCGUACCGAACCAACUGCCGAAACAUUGGACCAAGAUUUAUACACUACUGAAAUCGAACCUUAUGCCGUCACAAAUACUAAUAACGAAAUUAGCGUUGUCACUGGAACAAGUGCAAUAAAUUUGGUGAAUCGUUAUUGCUCUACAUUGGGAAAUUCACACUUCGUUUCUCUAACUCCAACGUGGAAAUUAAGGAAACUGUCUUCAGAUACUGCUGAUCCAAAAUUCCAGGUCAGCUUACAAAUGCCGAUAUUAUCCCCCUUGAAAAGAGUUAUUCUCGGAGAUCCUAUGCCGAAUAUAAAGCUCGCCAAACGCUCGGCUGCCUUGAAUUGCUGUAAAGAAUUGCACCAAAUCGGUGAAUUAACAGACAACUUGUUGCCUGUGACAGUUGAUCUGAUUUUAGAGGACGUUGACUACCUGUUUCCGCUAUGGAUAGACGAAGAAAAAACAGCGCUAUCACAACCAGGAACGGAGGCCAGGAAACGGCUACAUGAACUCAUAUAUCCCGAAUGUCUCUACUCAGCUUUUCCCAUGCCUGACCAGGACCUGUACCUUCACAUAUUGAAUAUCAAACCAAUUUACAGUGUGCCUCAGGAUAACCGGCGCUUAGUAUUUUACAAUCUUUUAUCAGACCGCGCUGGAUAUGCUAUUUUAUCAACAAAGAGAAUGCCAAAGCUGUCAGCGUUUUCGAUAUUUCUCAAUGUUGGGGAGGUGAAUGUCGACGUCGAAGUGAAUCACGCCAAACUGCAAUUGACUACCGAAGAAAUAGGAAAGCUGAGAUGUUUUCACACAAUGAUUUUUACAGAAAUAAUGCCAAUUAUAAAGCCCUUCAUGGUGUUCGACAAAGAUAACUUAGACAACAGUUUCUUGAUUGUACCAGUUGACCAUAAAUGGGAGAUAAACUGGGAAACUGUUGUGUCGCAUGACAGAAUAGACCCCAUAAAGCCGGAGAAACCAAUCUGUGUGAGAAAUGUGGAUUAUGAACUUGCUUUAGUUAGGCCAAGCUAUAGAUCAGCAAAUGUAUACAUAGUUACCCAAAUUUGUGAGGACAGAUUUGCCGAGUCGAGUUUUCCCACACCUGACUAUUACUCAUAUGUGCACUACUUUAAAAGCAAGCACGAUCUUGUAAUUGAAGAAGGGCGACAGCCUCUGCUUGAAGUUAAAGCCAUUUCGACAAAACUAAAUUGUAUCAGACCACGGGGGUCCAGUGCUGGAUUAAGUAAACGAAAGCGAGCUGAUUUGUCUGAGGAUUUCGAAGAACAUUUGGUACCAGAGUUGUGCGUCAGGUUCGAGUUCCCUUCUUUGUAUUGGCUCAAGGCGACCACCCUGCCGUCCAUUAUUCAUAGGAUUUCGCAAUUAUUGGUUGCUGACCAAUUAAGAGUAACCAUUCAAGCCGAUACCAAGUUGGGAUUGCCCGAAUUGGCUGCUAAGCAAAAAUGGAAGGAUUUCAGAGUCUCGGAGGACAUAGUAAACAACGAAGUUAACGAACCUUCACCUGACGCAUACUCUGAUGAUUUGCUGCCCGAAACUGUGCAAUCAAGGCCUGAAUUAACGGGACCUGAAUUUGAUGUGUUGGAUUCGGAGUCGAAACUGUAUUCAUGGACCAAGAGCCAAGAGCCCCAAGAUAUCGAGCGAAAUAUUGACAACAUUCAGUUAAUCGACAUAGAUUACUACGAACGUUUCAUGUCAUCUUCGUCUCAAGAAGAUAGCGAUAUUCUGAGAAACAACAUCAAGGCUCGAAAUCAUAUGAGUAAACCAAACGUAGAAGUGCCAAAAAUAAAAUUGCUCUUCCAAACUACACAAAAUGGUCCUGAUCAAGUUUCUAUAAUGGAAGCAUUGACUGCAAAAAUGUCGCACGACGUGAUAAAUUUGGAAAUUCUCGAAACGCUUGGAGAUUCAUUCCUAAAAUUUUUUACAUCAUUGUUUUUGACGGACACGUUUCCCAAUUUUCCCGAGGGUCAUCUCACUUCGAUUAAAGGAAAAAUAAUUGGUAAUCGUAAUCUUUAUUACGCUGGCUUCUGUAAAAAAUUACCUGGCAUGAUCAAGGUUGAGGAAUUUACACCUACGAGUAAUUUUAUUGUGCCGGCUUAUUCGGUACAGAGAAAGUUGCAGGGGAUACUGUUGCGUGCAGAGGUAUCGCCAAACAUUUUAUACAACUUGAAGAUAUCGAAAGAAGAACAAUUGUCUGGGUAUCUAAGUAGUAACACUAUACAGGAGAUUCAAGAAAAAGUUUGUGGAUGGGAAGGUGGAGACGCUCAAUCUGGGUUAGAACAUUUUUUGUGCGUGCAAACCGUGUCUGAUAAGACAGUCGCGGAUUGCGUGGAGGCUCUUAUCGGAGUAUAUUUGCAGAGCACGGGCAUUGAAGGUGCUGCAAAACUUCUGCAGUGGUUCCAAAUUAUACCACGCGAAAUUCCUAUCAAUAUCGUAUUAGUUGAGAAGCCCAAAAACCCACUUAUAGGCGAUGGAAACCCCAAUAUUCACAUGACAUGGGCAAGCACACUUGAAGAAAGAAUAGGAUACAAGUUUCAAAAUCGAGGCUUUCUAUUGCAGGCCUUUAGCCAUUCCUCUUACUCACCCAAUGUUAUAACAGCCUCUUAUGAGAGGCUGGAAUUUUUGGGAGAUGCAAUAUUAGACUUCCUCAUCACUGCGUAUAUCUUCGAAAAUUUUGACAAUCUGUCACCUGGGCAACUUACAGAUCUCAGAUCAGCACUGGUUAAUAACAUCACUUUCGCUUGCCUGGCGGUUCGAUACGGAUUACACACAUAUCUCUUGGCAUAUUCUCCACUGCUUAUUGAUAUGGUCGACAGAUUUGUCGCAUUUCAAGAACAAAGAGAGCAUGCAAUAGAUGAUGAGCUAUUGUACGUUUUAUUGGAAGAAACUAGACACAGUAUGGCCGAAUUUGUUAGCGUACCCAAAGUUUUGGGUGAUAUUUUUGAGGCAUUGGCUGGAGCCAUUUACCUAGACAGUGGUAAAUCGUUGACGAAAGUUUGGGAAAUAUUUUAUGCCUUCAUGCACCACGAAAUUGAUAUAUUCAGUAAAAAUGUUCCAAAGCAACCUGUUCGAAUGUUAUACGAGACUCAAGGUGCUCACCCGAAAUUUUUCCCUGCAACUCUCCUUGAUAAUAAGGAUACGAUUAUGGUGCCACUUGAGGUAACGCUUUGUGGUAAUAAAAAGAAAAUGAUUUAUGGAUUUGGAAGUAAUACAAAAGAAGCUAAAUGUGCAGCUGCCAAACAAGCUUUGAAAGAGCUAAGACGCAGGAAUAUGUAGUGUGCAUGUAGAUUGCUUAUCCGCAUGCUUCCCAAGUAACAUUUGAUGCAUGAAUGUAUAAGAGACGAAAGAAAAGAAGCAUAAGAUUGAAGAGAAAGCAUAACAGAAAAAAGAAAUUAUGUCC